GCUCUUCCAACCAAGACCCAGAGUCAGGAAGGUCUCCUACAGACCGGGCUGCUCCUAAAAAGACAAGAGAGACAGAAGGAGAAUCUCAGAAAACAAGACCCAGAGUAACAUGGCACCUCAGACUGAAAGGGGCUUCAGGAAGCUAAGGAUCACCCAAACUGUCCUGUCACUCUUGGUUCUUGCCUUGGCUGCUGCUCUUAAAGUUGUGGUUAUUCUCUAUCUUCAAGGAAAAAAUGACCAACUCGAGAGGGCCAAGGUCUCCAACGCAGCUCUACAACUGCAAAACCAGAUCCUUAUUCAGAGAAUCUCAGAGCGGGACAUUGUUCAUGGCGGAAAUCUCUACUACUUCUCCUGUGGCAAACUGCCCUGGGAUGCUGCUGAGCAGUACUGUGUGUCAAGGGGCUCCCACCUGGCCUCGGUGACCUCGGAGGAAGAGCAGAAUUUUCUAUAUAAAAAAGCCAAUGGUACCUACUACUGGAUUGGACUGAGCAACCAAAAUGAUUCAGACUGGCAGUGGACUGAUGGGACCCCAUACGAUGAAGCGAAAAGCAAAGAGUUCUGGGCCAUUGGGAAACCAAGCAGUGACAACACCAAUAACAACUGUGUCCAUUUUUGGGCAAACACACAAAAAUCGUGGAAUAAUUUCCUUUGCAUAUUUUCCUGCCAGUUUAUCUGUAAGUGGAGCUGUGAGUCAUCUGGGAUGUGCCAAAACAUAUAAACAUCCGACUCCUAAAACGCCGCUGACCCCUAACUCAGAGCAGGGGGGCAAACGGCAAACACUGGUCCACCACCCGGGCAUACAAUGGAGUUUAUGAGCGCCAUUUUCUUUUCCAAUUUCAAGUUCUCCUAAAGGAACCUAGAAGACUAAAUAAUGGUCUGGUCACUUGUGCCACAUGAUGUCCCCACAACUUCAGGUUUCUCUCCUCAUCCUUCACAAAUUGAGGAACAAAAUUGAGGAGAGGGACUUACUACUACUACUUAGUACUUACUUACUACUGGUUCUGUUACUCUAAGAAGAACAGAUCCCAAGAUUCCUACACAUUGAUCUGGAAAUCAUAGGAUGCCAGGUCCCCUUAGCUCUGAAAUACCCCCAUCAAGGCAAUUUGUCUCCUUUUUGUGACACAAAGCUUGGCUAGUUUUAUUUCCUACUGAAGAUCAGUCAAUUAGACUGAAAUGUUCAUAACAACCAGAACUCUACUGAAAAAGGAGAAGUUAGAAAGCAUAGGAAGGGUAGUGUUAUAUAAUAGAGAUAGAUAGAUAGAUAGGUAGAUAGAUAGAUAGAUAGAUAGAUAGAUGAUGGAUAGAUGGAUGAUAGAUGUGUGUGUGUGUGUAUAUAUGUAUAUAUAUAUAUACACAAAUGACAAGAGAUUUUAUACAAAUACAUACACAUAUAAAUAAAUAGAUUAGAUAUAGACAAAUACUUUGCAAACCAUUAAAUGCUAUAUAAAUACAAGUCUUUGCUAAGAUCUCAUUUACAUUUUUAAAUGGUGUUUGGAUAGAAAAGAUCCUGAGCAGGAGAGUGAAGAACUGAUUGUUAAAUUUUCAGUGUGAGCAUUUCCAACUUGGAAAUCAACAAUAGCUCUAAAUCAGGACUUGAAUUAUUGUUUUGUUGAUUAUCUAGGAUUUAUAAAAUAUUACUAAUAGAGAUUAAACUUAAAUGUUUUUCAAGAGUUAGGUUGUUAAUCAUUUAUAAACAUACCCCGGUUCUGGAAUAAGUCACCAAAGACAGCACUAAGUUACUAAAAACAAGUCAAUAUUCUGCUUUGUCUUUAAAAAAAAAAUUAAUGUUCUCUGUACUAUUAUCCAGGUGGUUAAAAUAACUGUUUUCUGUAAGUAAAAUAAGAAAGAAUUAAUAAAAUAAUUCAGAUAUAAAAUGUA